AUACUCAGGAGUUCGUUCUCCCAGACCGGCGAGACACAACCCCUUCAACCGUGCUUCCCUCACCGCCGUUGACCACCCUGAAAAUAUGCAGGACUUGUUAAUCCAGCAGGACCACCUGAAGGAAACAGAACCCGUUUCCUCCCUGAAGAACCCCCCAGCAGGUGACUCCAGUCAGACCUCGGGGGGCUCCAUCACAUCAGAAAGCUCCUCUGUGGGAUUCAGGCCCGUGCCAAAGAAGAGGACGCUCCUCCUGAGCCACAGUCAGCUACAAACCAAAAACCAGCCGUGGUCUGAUGCUCAGGUGAGACCUGCAGAGGUGGUCCCUGCGCCGAGGCGCCGCCACCAGAGGGGACCCGGCUCCAACCCCUCGUCCUGCUUUAAGAGCAAAGAUGAACCGCCUCAGGAAGACGUUUUUAACCCGUCCCUUCAACCAACCAAAGCAGGAGAGGAUGUUUCUCCGCAGCUUCUCCGUGACAGCUCUCAGAUUUCCUCUAAACCAGGUCUGGAGAGAGAACAAAAUGUGACAAGAGACGGACCAGCUGCGUUCACCGGGACGGAGGUGAACGCUGGGAGAGGAUCAGCAACGUGGAAUAAAGAUGGAGAAGUUCUGGACCAGAAAGAGAGAGCAGCUUCCAACGUUUUUAAUGUUCAAGAGACGUUCGGGAGAGGAGAGGAGCUGAGCUCGACCCAGAGUUCUGCUGAUCCAGAUCCUCCAGUUUCUUAUGAUCUCAGUUUCAUUGAUAAGUCCGCUCAGCAAAGACAGAAUCAGAAAAGCGUCUUUAAAUUAUCCACUCAAACCCCGAGUCCCACUGGUGAAGACGAGGACUCCAUCGCCAAGGUGCUGGACUGGUUCGACCGCAGCACAGACAGCAACGACUGGCUGGACGAAGAGGAUGAACCGAAGGUCUCGGAGAGCGUCGACAAACACGCAACUGUCCGCAAGUCCAGAGGCAAGGAUUCAUUUGACGGAACUUCUAAAACAAAAAGGAGACCCGGGAGAGGAAGCGAGGAACUGACUGAAAGACAGGAGGACGUUUGGAUGGACAUGAGAGGAAAGACACCUGUACAGGAUGUGGGCAAUAACACUGAGGAAAACCAACCAAUUCAAAUCUCUAAUCUGAAAUCAUUCUGGGAGCAAAGCAACACGGGCCCAAAGGUGCUCUUCAGUAAACCAAAGAGGCCUGGACUGAACUCUGACGCUCCCUCUGAUCCUGAAAGGUACAGUGAGAGGGUCACACAUAAAUCCAGCUCAGACCUGAGUGAUAACAGAGAGAAGCAGCUGCUCAUCGACCAACUGAACGAUUACCAGCAAGAAGAAACAAUGAAGUUUAAUUUAAACCAUAGAAAGAACGAUGACUCGGCUCAUCUGAAGCUGCUCCACAGCUAUGAAUUAUCCAACAGAAGAGCUGAGAAUUCACGUAUAACCAGACCUGAUGCAUCAAAUGCUGAGUAUCAGAGUGACUUUGGGGUCAAACCAAAGCUGCAGUCAGAAUCAAAACAAUUGUUGGACCAAGAUCUGCUGUCCAACACUCAUCGUGAGCCGGGUACAGAUCACCAAACAAUCGGUCUAGACUCUGAGAAACUCAUUUUGUCCGGCCCGUAUGUGGACUACGAACAAGGUGGGAGUGAAGAGCAGGUCACCACUAAACCACAAGUUCACAGGCGUUCUAGUGAAGAUGAGGAUAAAGACAAGCGUCUAAAAGGUGGUGUUUCGAAUAAAGAGUGGACAAACAGUCAGGCAUCACGGCAACAAGAAAGCACGGCUGAGAAAAUCAAACAGCUCAAGUCCUUCUGGGAGCAGGAGCUCAACAAGCCUGUGUUUUACACUGGAAAACCCAAAAGUCAGACCAGACUGAACAAAAGAUUUACAAAGUCCGAGUUCGACCUGACCUCAGUCGGGAACAAGUCAGGCAGCGACGAAGAUGGUGGCAACAAAAAUACAACUUUCAAUGUCCCGUUGAGUCAGAGGUUGGAUAAGAUGUCUCCGUCACUCGGAGCCAGUCGGGCUCAGUUUAACUCCCUGCGGGAGUUCUGGGAUGAGACCACGUCCAACUCCAGGGCACCGGUGACCCCUGAAAAACUUAAAAUCCCCAAAAGAAAAGAGCCACAACAAGCUCAACUGUUGAAUCAGGAGUUAAGGAGCGCUGAUCCGGAGCUUUAUCCCUUCAGUUCUGCUGUCGUUACAAAGUUGUAUCCAUCUCAGAUGAGUCCAUCAAAGUCUCCAUUAGACAGAGUGACAGGAUCCAAGGUACAGAAUGACAGCAGUUUCAUUCCAGAUGAGUCUGGGCAGAAGAGACUGUCCAAAAGAAUCUCAAAGGACUCCAGUCAAGAGGAGAAGUCCUUAAAACCUCAAAGCAGCAAAGAGAUUCGAUCCCCAAAGAACAGAAAAGACAACUUCUGCUUUUCCAGCAGUCGUGGUAACUCUCUGCGCCGCUCAACGAGUAUGUUCGCUCUGAGUGUCGACGGUGACAAAGACCAGAACCAGCUGAGAACGGAGGUGAACCCCAUCCAAUUUCAGAGCCGAAAGCCCAGGCAGAAAACUGAUAAAGGUCCUCAGUCGAGAAGAUCCUCGAAUGAGUCAGAAACUCUGGCACCACUUGCGCGAGCAUUUGUCCCAUCAGACUACCGUCACUACUUGGGAAUGACGGACUCCGACGGCGAUCACGCAGCGUUCAACCCCCCAACGAAGGACCGUGCUGCGGAGGUCAAGUCUGGGUACGAACUUGACCUGGGCAGUCUGUUAGGCGCCAGCACGCCAACAAGUUCGGAGGAUCGUCCUGUCAGGAAGACCCACAAGACGAGUCAGUACCCUGUGUGGGCGGAUCACACCGAGUCCGACACCGGCCUCGAGUCGUCGAUCAGCAGCGCAUCAGAAUCCUGGUCUAACUCCAAGAACUGCUCGAACCGUGUAAAUGAUGAUGACCUGAAUCCUGUGAGGAAAGCUCUGUGGCGAGCAGAAGCACGGCCUAGAAACCUGGCGAAGAGCCUAGAGGACGUCACGGCACCUCCACGACAAGAGAGAAGACCCGAUCAAAGCGUUGACCACCGGCGCAGCAGUGACGCUUCGAUGAGCCCUUCCCCCUCCUCAUCCUCGUUCUCAGAUCCAGACCAUUUGAAGAAAAGGAGCAAAUCGGUUCCUUCGUUUCUACAGAAGGAGGACGAUGAUGGCAGAGAGGCUGAAGGACUAACAGCGGGCAGCUCGAUGACGGCGCUCAGCGGUUCCUCCGGCACAGCGUCUUUGAGUGGAAGCGUGAUGACCAUGUACAGCGGCGACUUCGUGGAGGUCCAGGGCAGCGUCCAGUUCUCCAUCAACUACGUUCAGAAGCUCCGGGAGUUUCACAUCUUUGUUGCCGAGUGCCGGGACCUGGCUGCGGUCGACCCAAAGAGAAACCGCUCCGACCCGUAUGUGAAAAGUUACCUGGUUCCAGACAAAGCUAAUCUUGGGAAAAGGAAGACAUCUGUGAAGAAAAAGACUUUAAAUCCGAAGUUCAACGAGAUCCUCAGAUAUCGUGUUCGUAUGGAGUACCUCCGAACCCAGACCCUCAUUCUCUCCGUCUGGCAUCAUGACACCUUUGGCAAAAACAGCUUCUUGGGCGAGGUAGACGUGGAUCUCUCAAAGUGGGACUCUGACCACACCCAGAUGAAUUACUUGGCUCUGAAAGCAAAGACCAUUCCUUCGAUUUCACCAAUAAACAGUGGCAGAGGAGAGAUGAGACUGGCCUUACGUUUUCUCCCACAGAUCACCCACAGUGAAGGUUUAACAAAAGAUGUUUCCAACACCGGAGAGAUUCACAUCUGGGUGAAAGAAUGUAAGAACCUGCCUUUGAUCAGGGCCACCAUCGAUCCUUAUGUUAAAUGCUUCGUCCUGCCAGACACCAGCAGGAAAAGUCGCCAGAAGACACGUGUUCUUCGGAGAACCGUGGAUCCGGUGUUUAACCACACAAUGGUGUAUGAUGGGAUCAACGAGGCCGAUCUGUCAGAUGUCUGCGUGGAGCUCACCGUCUGGGACCGAGACAGGUUGGCCAGCAACCUGCUGGGGGGCCUGAGGCUCGGAGCCGGAACAGGACGAAGUUAUGGAGCUCUGGUGGACUGGAUGGACUCGGGUCCGGAUGAGGUGACCCUGUGGGACCGAAUGAUAGCGUCGCCGAAUGAAUGGGUGGAGGACGUGCUGCCCCUCAGAAUGCUCAUCUCUGCCAGAAGAGUUUUCAAAUAAUCGCCACAGGACCGGAUAGUUACAUCUCCUAAUAAACACUCUGUAAACCUGGUUUUUAAAUAUUGCUGGAAACUUAUCAGUAAACAGUUUCCAUUACUUUAAAAGUUCAGUGAAAGUAAAAAAACUACAGACAGCAAUAAAAUGUUGAGACCAAUUAAGUAUUUUAAUAUAAACCAAAAUAUUAUUCAAGCUCGAUUGWAAUAAUUUAUGUGAAGAAUAAAAUUGAGACAUAAACAGUUUGAGACACAA